UUAGAUGACCGAGUAGUUACGGAAGUGAACGUAAUAUCUGCAAGUGUAACAAUGAGAACAGGACCAACAUUCGGCUUGUUUACAGCCUGUGUCCUGGUAUUUGGAGGUGGGUGGGGUGUAGUUGGGCAGAGUGUGGUCACACAAAAUGACGACGCAUCAGAAGGUACCAUCAGCUUCCAAACACCGACAUUAAAUGAUGAAGAGGCCCACAGUGUACACAUGCCAUCACACUUGAAAUGCGACGCGUGUACUGCAGUUGUCUAUCAGCUGUCAAAGGGUUUUGAUGAUUUUCAUGGCAGGAGAAAGUCUUUGAAGGUUAUUCCUGAAUCUGAGAUCUAUACCAUUGUUGAGGAGGUCUGCUCAGGGGAUAAACUUGACAAUUACGGUGUGAAGGAAGUGAAGAAGGUGAAGAGAUUGUCAGGGCCGGGUCUGGAGACAGCUGAGAGUCCAGGUAUCAUGGCAGGAGGAGGCAAGUGGCCAGAGAGAAUGAAGCGUAUGUGCAACCUUUAUGUGGAAGAGUUUGAUGAAGAGCGUAUCUACGCUGAGUACAAGGCUGGUAAGGGACGCCUACAGAAGCUGCUGUGUGCGAACACCAUCCAUUCCACACUCACCGAUGUAUGCCUAGAUCUGCCCUCUAGUAGCAAGAAAGUUACGUCCAACAAGACUGAGUUGUGAUGUGGUGGUUGUGUCAGAUUGUGGUUUGACAUGUAUGUUAAAAUAAUGGCAUGAUAUGUCCAUAGUUAUUAAUGGAGUUUAGUGAGGUAAUCUUUGAUUUUUUUCACAGGAUUUGAAAGAUUGAAUUACCUUGUUGCUUUGGUGUUUUUUUACAAUUUUGAUGUGUUAUCUUAACUGUUGAAUUUGUAUUUGAUUUAUUAAGCCGGUUAACCUAGUUGUGAAGAACAUUUUCUUUAUGUUGUAAACUAAUCUUGAGAAUAUAAUAAGACCAUAAAUGAUUAGAUGUUGAGUAAUUAAACAGCAUCCAAUUACACUAUACAUUCAAAGCCAUUCUUAUUUUUUUACAGUUUUUGUUCUGUAUUACUCCAUGAUCUUAUAAACUUAUAAAUGAACACUUAUAACCAUUUGACAGUUUAUCAAACUGAUGACUAACAUCGGAGUCAUAGAGUUUGGUGUAAAAAAUAUUUCAAUGUUCUUUUUUUUUUGCUUAUAAUCGGCAGUAGGGUUAUAUUUCUGCUGAUGUGUUAUACAUAUUUCAUGAACGCCUGUUAAAAUGUUCAUGUUCAUAUUCUGAUGAGAUUUUGUCUACAGAGCUUUGUCACUACACUAAACCCAAAGUGCUUUACUAUUAUAACAUGUAAUUUAUUUAUAGGACUUAAGUUUAUAUAUACAUGUAUGUACAUACAUAAAGCUCAGCAUGUAUUAAUAUUGUACAUUGUUUCAAUGUUUCAUAUUAUUGAUUUCUAUUGUGCCUUACUGAGCCUACUUCAACAACCGUUAUUGAACAUUCCACUGUAGCAUCCUCAUUCAUCAGAGGUUUGAUAAUGAUAAAUCUAUGUGGUACCCAUAGCAUCAUGACUCUGGUGAACGAGAAUGCACUCUAGCUGAAUCAGUGUUUUCAAUAUACUCCCUGUCUUGUUUUUAUCUGGGAGUAUGAUAUUAUUGGUCUAAGCUUUCAACUUUACACUGAUAAAACCUAUGCUUUAUAUAUAUUGUAAAUAGUUGUCUUUUAUAUAACUAGAGGGUUGUGUGAUAAAUGAAAUUCAUUUUGUACUUGCAGAGCAAUAUAUCUUUGUAUUGGUCUGAAGUCCUUGUUUACAGAUGGAAUAUUUUAUUAUUAUUACUAUCUUCAUUAUUUUGCUUUGACAGUUUUUUCUAUCAUUUAAUGCAAAACGUUAUGGCUAAGGGAAGGGGUGCAAUCAUUAAUUAGAAAUUGAGAAUAAGGAUAUUUUUCUAAUCAAUCAGCCCAGUGUAUAAUUGUUCAUUUAACAUUUGAAAUUAUGAUAGUUUGAGAACCUUAUGCCUCAUGAGUUUUGUUUCGUUUGACUUGGUGUAUUAAGAACAAAUGCCUUGACCUCUAUCCCCAAAACAUGGAGGUUCAGAAAUUUCUCAAGGUCAUAGGUCAAGUGAUUCUAGAGUGGUGUGAAAAUGUUUUCUGAACAUAUUGGCCGUGACCUUGAAAUUUGACCUACUGACUCCAAAAAUUAUAGAGGUCAUCCACUGGUCAACAUAUCAGUAAAUUUUGAUGGUUCAAUGUCAAAAACAGCUUUUAAACUAUCGUGUCAUUUUUGGCUUUAAGAUUGUUGAAUUACAUUAACCUUUCAACUGGUUUCAAAUAUUUGGGUCAUCAACAAGUCAAGGGCAACCUAUGAUCUAUGACUUGGACCUAUUUCAAAUAUUCAUCAAUUAUAGCUUUAAAAGUAGUAAUUUAUAUUUUUGGAAGAAUGUUACAGUUUUUGCUUGUUGUAUCUUUAACCCUAAAAAUGUACUAGACUCUUGGUAAUGUACCAAUAUGUUAACCUAUUUCAGUCAAUUGUUUGGUUGCCUUACACCUAUUUGUCUGCAAUGUUUUAUUUUGAUUUCUGUGAAAAGGAAGCCUUGUUUGCAAUUAUUGUAUCUUUUAUACAUUUUUAAUGAAUUUAUGACUUACUUUUAUUCUUUUAAUACAUAUUAACAUAUAUAA